GGAAGUUGCAAUUCGUAAUGCAACCUGGGAUUAAAGUACACAGAUUUAGUGACGUAGUUCACAUGGAGAAUCGGCGGGCUGGACUGUUUAGCGUUAUUUUAGAUCGUUUUAUAUAAAUAUUUCUCUAUAUUUGUGAAAUCAUCAUGACUGAAACACUCCCCUGUUUAGUGCGUAUAGGAGAUAACGUCAAAAAAUACAAAUUAUUUAUUCUUGAUAAAGACGAGAUAAGUAUUGGAAGAUCUGAAGAUGUAACAUAUUGUAUUAUGUCUGGUAUGAUUUCACGAUGUCAUGUGUUCAUUAAGAAAAUUGAAGGGGUAUGGACAAUUAAAGACAAUAAGAGUCUCAAUGGUGUUUUUAUCAAUGGGAAGAAAUUAGAUCCUCAGAUUGCUACAACAUUAAAUGAUGGUGAUGUUAUUCAGCUUGGUGUCAGAAAUACGGUGGAUAAACAAGAAUUUAUCUAUCGAUUUUCUAUGUCUGCUAAAGUAAAACGAGCAAGACGAGAGUCAGAUGACUCAGUUAGUUGUAAACCUGUCCAAAAAAAAUUCUGUCCUGAUAAUGUUGAUGGUUCAGAGGGAGACUCCAAAAUGAAGGAAUUUCAGAAACGUUUAGAAGAGAUGCAGAAAAUCUUGAAAGAGAAGGAGUUAGAGCAUGUUAAAAUGAAAGAGGCCUUAGAAAAAGAAAAGGAAGAAAAAGUCAACCAAGGAAAAUUAUUAGAUGAUUUAAAAGAAAAAGAAGUCCAAUUAAAAUCUGAACUUCAGAUAAAACAGGUCGAGAUGCAGACUGAGAGAAAAGAGUUAGAAAAGAAAAUGCAAGAAGAGUUAGAGACACAGUUAAAAGAAAGAGAAAGGGGUUUAAUAGAAAAAUUACGCGUGCAGCAAGAUUCAUUGGUAACAGAAAAAACUAAAGUGGAAGAAAGUCUCAAACAAGAAAUGGAAAAGGCCCUUGAAGAAAAAAACAAACAAUUGGAAAUCGAAUUAACACAACAGCGUGAUAAACUUGAAAAAGUUAUAGCUAGUAAAGAACUAGAACAAAAGGUUUUAGAGAGUCAGUUAAAUGAAACCAAAGCAGAAAACAUUAAGACAAAAGAAGCCAUGUUAAGUGCUCGUGAAGAUGUGUUAAAUAAUUUUAAGGAUUUAAUGGAAGUUGAAUUACAGUGUAGUAUAUGUAGUGAACUUUUUAUACAGUCAACAAGUCUGAACUGUUCUCACAGUUUCUGUGCCUUGUGUAUAGAACAGUGGAUGGCUGUAAAGAAAGAAUGUCCUAUUUGUCGAGCUCCCAUCACCUCUCAUAUGAGAUCUAUAGUACUUGAUAGUUAUAUAGAUAAAAUGGUAGAACAACUAGAUGAUGACAUGAGACUUAGACGCAAAGAAUUAGUUACAACCAGAAAAGAGGAACAGAAAAAAUUAGACGAUAAGAAGGUAACUGCUGGGGGUUCUGGUAGGGGCAGGGGUAGGGGUAGGGUAAGAGGACGUGGACGAGGGAGAAAUACAUCAAGACGAGCCACUGCCUCUCCUGCAACCCCUUCUAGACGACCAAUUGUCAUCAGUGAUGAAGAAGAAGAAAGUGAUGAUUGUGAUGAUGAUGUUGAUGGUCCUAAUGUAAGAGAAGGAGAUAGAUCAACUGAUUCAGAUGAUAGUGAAGAUGAUACCGGUAGUGAUGGUAGUGAUAUAUCUGGAGAUCCUGAUGCAUAUUAUGGUGGAUAUGGUCGAUGCUAUUCUUGUGGAAGAUCAGGUCAUUGGGCUAAUGGUUGUCCAGAUAGUUGAAACUGUGGUGGUUAUUUGAAUUUUGAUAAAAGAAAAUGGCAUAGAUGCAGAACUGAAAUAUGUGGUAAAAUCCAGAACAAGUUAUUAAAGUUGUGUUCAUUCAUUACAUGAUUAUCAAUUGAACUGUUCAUUCACAACAAGUUGGCACAAGAUUAUCAUUUAAAAUGGUUGUUCACCACCAGAUUAUCAAUUGAAAUGUUUGUUUACUACAAGAUUAUUGACUGAAAUGUUCGUUCACUACAAAAUAUCAGUUGAAUUAUUCUUGGUAUCUUUGUAUAACAGAUUUUAGCUUUAUCACUAAUUACCAAUACAUGUGACCAUAUAUCAUAAGACAAUAUCAGAUGACCAUAUGAGAUGUGUAAUACUUAAAUGUUUUGUUAUAUCAUAUGUGUUAUCAUUCUUCAAAAUACAUUUUCUUGUAACUUAGAUUUCUUCAUAUAUAAAGAACUUUUGGGUCUCAAGACCCAAGGGGCACAGCAGACGAAAUUAAAAUAGUACAAAUGAAACGAUCUGACUUGAUUCAAUUUGAUAUGUGUGAUGGAAGUAUCUUUCUACAAUUGCAAUAUUUAUCUAGUUAAAGAUACAUUAUGGGAGAUUAGAUAAAGAGCUGGCAGUUAAAAACUAGAUGAUGUUAAGGGAACAUUCUGAAAAUUUCAGUCAAAUUGAUCCACUCUGAACCAAGAAUUUAGUGAUUGAAUUUUUGGCCUAGCCUCGGUGAUCAUUACUAAAGUCGGUACGAUAAAAAACAUAGUCUUGAUUAUCCAUUUCAUGAUUUAAUCAAGAAUGAAAGUUGAGUCGAAAAUCGGAUCCCAAUCCAGUAAAUAUCGCAGGCUAGCGAUGACAUCGAGAGUUGUGAUCUGGAUAAGUUAAUUAAUGUCCAAUUAAUAAUUUAGAUAACAUUUCAGGCCUAAAGACAGACCUGCAAUAGACAGAUUUAGCUCUUGCAUAAUAUAUGUUUAAAUUAUUGUUGAGAUAUAAUUAAUUUUGUUUUCAAUAGUUUCCUUUUAAAAAGCAUGUCUCACACAGGCAUGCAUUACUCUCGUAUACGUAGUGCAUAGCGUGUCUCUGUGGUGAAGCCAUACUCCUGUUCCGUUCUAUCAGCCUUACUCACAAUACACAUGGGUCGUCCAAAUACAUGUAUAUAGUGUAGAGUGUAGGCUCAUCAUUCGUUUAACUCGUCAACAUGGACACUCAUUUAGUACCUUUAUGUUCCCCAACUACCGACACACGCCUUGCGCUACCUUGGUCUCGCACAGCGCAGAUUCACCUGCACAAAUACCUACUCUAGGUGGUGCAAGGGGUUACCCAGAAUGUGACACACUUGUGUGAGACAGGCUUUAGUCAUUAAAACUAAAGUAUAGUACUGUAUUAAGAAAAGUAGUGUUUUUUUUUUACAUGAAGGUCUGUUUAUUAAAUUUUAAAUUACAUAAAGGUAUUAUGUAAAUAUGUAAAAAUACAGAAUACUGUGUACAUACAUGUAUUAAAGAUUGA